UCUUAAUGUGCCUCUGCAUCACCCUCCUCUUCCUGUACAUCUUCUUCAUCAUCAUGACAGUACUCGACCGAUAUGCUGGAGAACCCGAGGUCGGUCCAGGUCUGUGUGGAGUCAUCGCCGCCGGCCUCCACUUCACCACGCUCUCAUCGAUGUCAUGGAUGGGCGUUGAAGGGAUAAACAUGUUCCUAAUGGUUGUCCGUGCCAUGGACUCGUCUAUCCCACUCUUCAUGAUGAAAGCCUCUAUUAUUGCAUGGGGAAUACCUGCUGCGAUAGUGUUCCUUACUGGUGCUAUCUCGAGACAGAAUUAUUCCUACUCCGACUACUGUUUUCUUCAGAAAUGGCCUCUCGUAGGCGGUCUGCUCAUCCCAAUGGCCUUCACUCUUGCUCUUAACCUGAUCAUCUUCGCUCUCGUUAUGCGUCGUCUCAUGCGCAUCAACUCGAGUGGCGGAAAAACUAGCGAGUUAAAAUCAGAAACCCGCCUCGAGAUCAUGCGCCGUCUCACAAACGGAAUCGGCAUCCUCCUCCUACUUGGUUUGACCUGGCUCGUUGGAUACUUCACCGUCAUCGAACAAAUCAAUCUCGCAGUCCACGUCAUUUUCAUCCUACUCAACUCUCUCCAAGGAUUCUUCAUCUUUGUUUUCUACGUUCUCCGACAACCGAAAAGCCAUGCGUGCUUGCGGGAACACCUGGGUUGCUGUUUCCACGAUUCACCCUUGACGACAGAUGCAGGCCCGAUGAGUAUGAAACAGACGACGAUGACAAUAACAGAAAAUCCGAUUAGCGAGUCUGUGUUGAGCAAAUCUGAUAUCGAUGAACAUAUCAGUGAAAUUUGAGUAAUACCUGAAUUACUAAUACUUCCUUUCAACGUUCAAUUUUGGUAUAGGCCCACUCUUUUGUAAAACUCUGAGUCUAUUCUACAAUAGUCACUCUGCUUUAAACAGUUAAACUGUAAGUGGUAUUUAAAUGAAGAGCUUGAUU